GCUCUACUAAGCGGGUUCGCAAACGAUUCAACAGCCAGAGUAAAUAGCUUGCCAGCUCGCUACCAUUCAGUUGUAAACGGUGACUUGCAGUCAAUGAUUUCGAUAGCUCAACUGUAAUGGUUUGCUCUGUUUUUUUUUUUUUUUUUUUUUUUUUUUUUUAUUUAUUUUAUUCAUUUUUUUUUUUUUUUAUUUUUGCUGUGCAUAAGCGCCGCGACGGUUACCCCUUUUGACGAACGCCCACUUUAAGUGUGUUUGGCAGACUUAAGAAACUUAAGAAACGCAAAAUACAACGACGCCGCGCUACACCACUGCCGUCGUCUCAUCUUUAUCAUGGCUAACACAUACGUAUGAACGCAAAGUUGAAAAUAUCAUCGUAUCGUUUGCCUAUGUGUUGUCUUUUAAGUUGUCGUAGCUCUGCGCUGUUUUUAUUGCUUUUGCCUUUAUUUUGUGUUGUGUUGUGCUGUGCUUUUUUUUUUUUAAUUUUUUUUUUUUACUUUUUUUUUAAUUUUAUUCUAUUUUUUUUUCUGAAUUAUUAUUCAAAUCGAAUUCUUGAUUAUUGUUUGCUGGCUAGUAUUUUAAACAAUUCAUUUAUUUAUUUGAUAUUUAUGUAUAGUCGUGUAUAUAUGUGGGCAAAUUUCAGAUGUGCGCGAGUGUAUCAAUAUCGUAAAAAAAAAAAAAAGGAAAAGAAGAAAAUCCUUAAGCAAUCAUGGAAUAUCUUUGCAUAUUGAAUGCCUUCAAGCAAAACUAUUACAAUCGCAUUAAUGAAUUGGAACACGCUCACACUAAUCUACGAAAUUCGGUUGUAGCCAGCUCAACGACCUCUGGUUUUGCUACCGCACCUAGCAACUGCUCUACUAAUACACCGCCUUCGUCGGCUUCCUCUUCAUUGGCUUCAUCGCCCACCUCUUCUGCUACUGCCGCUGCUGUUGCUGUAGCGGCUGCUGCUAACCAAAAAUCUUCAUUCUCUUCUUCUUAUGCUCAUACACCGUUGGCCGCGGCUGCUGCAGCUGCUGUACAACAGCAGCAGCAAUUCCUAUUUCAUCAACAUCAUUUACAGCAACAAUUACAUCAACAGCAGCAGCAGCAACAACAACAGCAGCACCACCACCACCAACAACAACAACAACAACAACAACAGCAUACUUCCAACUCCAAUGCAGCGGCGGCAGCGGCUGUACAACAACAACAGCAAAACAAUACAAAUAUGGCCAAUAGCCUAUUAUGGCAACCGUGGCGCGAUUUGCAACAUGCCGCCGCUGUACAUCAUCAUUUAUAUCGUCAGCAGCAACAGCAGCAGCAACAGCAGAAACAGCAACAUCAACAUCAAUUACAAAAAGAGGCCCGUUUAACCUCUAAAGAGUUACCAACGGCUGCCUGGAGACGGGAAAGACGUUUACGGACUGGUGAAUAUCAUACUCACCAUCAUAGUUUGAAUUCAACUGGUUCCUCGACUAGCAGCGUUCGUGCUUGCUCUACGCCUGGCUCUUCGCCGCCACCACCGCCCACAGCUCAUAAUCAACAGCAUUCGCCUACGACGUCUGUCGCUACAACAACAUCCUCGCAAAUUCUUCAUACGGCUCAAUCUUCACCUACGAACGCUCAACAAAUGUCUAUGAUGAUGGCGGCGGCAGCAGCCGCUGCCAUGCGACCUCUUUGCGACACGCCUGGCAAUCGCAAUUCUACAACAUCGACUACACCGCCACCCGAUCUUCAUGCUCAGCAGCCAGUUGGGGGAGCUUUGCAUUUAAAUCACUUAAGGCACGGCCAAACUUUCCAUCAGCACUUGCAUGAGGAUCCGCCUAACGAAGACAGUCCCUUGGAUAUGUCGUUAUCGAGCACACUAAAGCAACGUAACUCGCCCCCACCACCCUAUCGGGAACCGCUGCCUGGAUCAACCUUUGCUACCACUUUGGCUAGACCAAGUGUUAUAACGCAGGCGCCACCAAAACGUGAAAUACGCGAAAACACUCUUAUAACAAAUCGAGAACAUGACAACCGCAGUACAGAAUCGAUUGAUGAGCACUUCAGACGUUCCUUGGGAAAUGAUUAUUUUACUUUAUUUGCGAAAAAAUCGCCUGCUACUCAACAAUAUAAAACGCCUUCGCCGCAGCCGACAAACGCAUCAGCUUUAGUGCACUCGACAGGUACUCCGCCGCCACCGCCACCAGCUCAAGUAACAGCGCAACUUUCGGCUUAUACUUCCAGCAACGCGCCGCCGAUUCAUCAUCAACAACAACCUCAGCCUUUAAUUUCGCCAAAGCCGAAUGCAAUGCUUCUAUCCCCAGCGGCCAUUGUGGCUCAAAUGCAAGCUGUUAACCAAAAUCCACAGAGUUCACCAUUGGCUUUACAAAGAAUCCCCGGGACACUUGCAUCCCCGCAAUCGCCUGCACCUAACGUCAACAACAACAACAACAACAAUAAUAGCGGUGGUGGCGCUACGAAAAACGUAACAACAUCGCCUCUCUCUAGUACUACAGGCUCUAGAAACGCUUCACCUUUGCCCAUGCCGCACACAAUACCAUUGACCCGCUUGAAUUCCGUAGAAAAUUCUCCGACUUCUUCGCCACGUCAUACGCCACCUGUAACGCAAAGUGCAGUAAAUAGUUCACCAACUUUGCCGGCAAUAAUGCGCAUUAAAACUGAACCGGGAUUGCAAAGUGUAAAAAAUCAUACACCCACUCCACCAGCUUCGCCGACUAGUGCCACAGCUAUGCCAGGAAGCCUUUUAAAUAAUGCGAAUGUCUCGAGCUCUAAUUCAAAUUCAAAUUGUUCCGUAUCUUCAUCGACGACAACAAGCCUUAAUAAAACUAACAGCAAUUCGGGAAGUACAAGUGCUGAAGUGUUGGCUUCCGUAGACGAUCAUUUUGCCAAAGCUUUAGGUGAUACCUGGAAAAAGCUGCAGGAAAGCAAAGAAAUGCGCAAAUGAGUAACCGCAGGAUAAAUGAUAUAACAGACGACUCUGACUCAGACUCAAACUCAGACUCAGAUUUGGAUUCAGAACUUAAAAUGUUACUCAAAAGCUAAGACAUAAGAGAUACACUACUAAACACAUCUAUCACAUGUAUAAAAAUUUACUACACUACUACUACUGCUACUGCUAUUGCUAUUGCUAUUGCUAUUGCUAUUGCUACUGCUACUGCUAUUGUUACAGCUAUCCUUAAUAACUAACAACACACAUGCUAUUUUACUACAUCAAUAAAUACACAAUAUAUAUAUAUAUAUGUAUAUAUAUAUAUAUGUAUAUUAUUCUCAGUAAACUGGGGGCUGGCACUGCAACAAAAUUUAAUUAAACAAAAAAAAGUAUACUUAA